CAGGAAGUAGAAGUAAAGCAUGCGCAGUAUACUACAAGUGUUUUCGUAGUUUGGUGGGUUUCUCUACAAGUUUCUUCAGCUCUUUUGGCAUGUAGGGGGUACUUGUACCUUGAAGAUAAUGAAAGAUGUAGCAUCUUGGACAAUGUGAUUUUGUGAGACAACAGACAUGUCAAAGCUAAUUGCCAAAAACAAGAGUAAAAAGCUUGGUUUGUUCAAGUUUCGGAAAAGUACAACAGAUUUAUCAGAGUGGAAUAAGAAUGAUGAGAAGCUACUGAAGGCUAUAGAGGUGGGGGAUGUGGACAAAGUGCAGUCCCUCCUACAGAAAAAGACCCUCGUCCCUACCAAGCUGGGACCCCGGGGAUUGUCUGUAUUUCAUGUAGCAUGUGCGUCAGGACAGAUAAAGAUUGUGGACCAGUUGUUACAGUAUGGAGCAGAACCUAAUGUACUCACCAUACAAGGUUGUACAGCGUUACAGUUAGCUGCUAGCAAUGGAUGGCCACAAGUAGUUCACAAACUUGUUCAGAUAGGGGCUGUGGUAGACCAUAAGGAUGGGAAUAACCUGACUGCACUUCAUCAUGCCUGCAUGGACGCCAAGUACGAAUGUGUCCAGGUCUUACUUCGAAGUGGAGCAGACAUUAACAUUAAGGAUAAGACUGGGAAGACGUGUUUAUUUUAUGCUGCUCAUUGCGGUGAUUUUAACAUCUGUAAGGAACUCCUGGACAAAGGUGCUGAUGUCAACACAUAUGACAAUCACAAAGUGACUCCACUGAUGGCCGCAGCAAAGAAGGGGCGUACAGAUGUUUGUGAGUGGUUGCUUAAGAAAGGAGCUGACCGAGACUUUCCUGAUGUACAGGGCAGGAAAGCACUGGAUUAUGCUAUGGAUGAGGGACAUAAUGAAAUAAAAAGAAUUUUUGAGAAAGCCCCCACUAGGGCAUCAUGGGAUUUACAAAAUGAUAUUGCUAAAUCCAAACUGGUGCAGGGAGCUGAGGGGGGAUAUAAUGCAGGGGUAACAGAAAAUUUACAGGCAGAACAGGCUGAUGUUGUUGAGUUUGUUCAGGAACCUUCACCAAGACCUUCCCCUAAACUGGAGCAUAGGAAUGUGAUAGAAGAGGCUCCAUCACCAAGGACAUUGUCAACUGCCAGUUCCUCUACCCAGAAUUCCUCUGAGCAGCAGCAACUUCAACAGCAGAGAGCCAUGGAGGCUUACAAGGAAUUAGAAGAAGAACAUGAACAACUCAAUGAAGACUUGAACAAGAUGACACUCCAGAACAGAAAGUUACAGGAUGAAGUGGUUCAGCUUAGGAAACAACUUGAACAAAAUGAGUCUAAGGUGGCAGAUGAUAAAGUUGAAAAGAUGAAAGAACAGAUUGAGAUACUUGAGGAUGCCCUGUCUGUAGAGAAAGAAAAGAACCAAGAACUACAAGACAGGCUUACGACCAGUGAUAAACAGGGUACAGGAAACGUGGAAGGUAAAACUUCAGAUGAUGCUUGGAAUGACAAUGAAGAAGAUCUCUUUGACACUUUAGAGAGGAAAACAAAGACAGCAGAUAAACAGACAAUUGCUAUGCUGAGAAGUAAAAUCUACACCUUAGAACAAGAGCUGGAGCAACAGAAGCUACAGAAGGAAGAAGAGAAGCAACAGACGAGUGAGGAAGUCAAUCAUUCAGGUGACUCGGACAUUGAGUCACAUGACCUGGUGAUAGGUUUGAGGACAGAGUUGGAGGAGAUGCAGGAACGACUGGAUGCUUUAGAGGAGGAGAACAAGGCUCUCUCAGAUCAAGUGCUCAGUCAGCAAGCAGAAGUUUUAAAGAAAAUGAGAGCCAAAGAAAAUGAGAAGGAAGGGAAACUGCAGAAGCAGGCAAUGAUGAAUGGAAUAGAAGGUGAUGAGGCAGACCCUGACAGAGAUGGCAGUUCCAUUGGAGAUGUAUCCACACUAAGGGAAGAAAAUCUCAAACUGGUGGAAGAACGGGACAAUCUGAAGGUGGAUCUGGAGAAUCUGCGGGACACGUAUGACAAGUUAGUACAGGCAGGAGACAAUCUACAGGACAUGUAUGACCAGCUGUUACUGGAGAAGGACCAACAAUGUGAAGAGUUCGAAAAGCUGAUGCAGGAGAAGGACGAUAUUGUGAAAGAAAAUGAGUUUCUUCUCUCGGAUGGCAAUGCUAUGCAUGACGAUCUAGAAAAGCUGGUUAAUGAACUGGAAAAACUUCAGGAAAAGUACAAAGAAGUGAUGGAAGAAAAAGACGAUUUGGAGAGGAAGCUUAGUGCUACAAACUUUUCUGGGAAAGCCAGUGAGAUGGCUAAAGUUAUGGAAGAAAGAGAUAAAUUAAAGAUUGAGGUCGAGGAACUAAGAACUGAGAAUGAGAGUCUGAAACAUGACCAUGAUGUAGUGUUAGAAGAAGUACAGAACGUUCAGGAACAAAACCGACUUCUGCAGAAGGAACAAGACCAGAUUCAGGCGGACUUUGAGGAUGCCCAAAACGAGAUGGACCAGCUUACUCAGAAUCACGAGACUUUACAGCAGGAUUACAAUCAGCUCGAACAGGAUUAUUCCGAACUGUUACAGGACAAGGACAAACUGGAGCAGGAGUUUCUGGAAGUUCAGACAGCAAGUGUUCAGGUGGAACAGCGCAAUCCAAUCCUACAGGAAGAAAAGGAGCAACUGCAGCAAGAGAAUGAAAUUCUGGCCUACGAGAAAGAACAGUUAGAAAUGACAAUCAAAGAAUUGUCCAAAAGUAAUGCACUUCUAGAGGAAAGAACCAGUAAGCUCCAACAGGAGCUGUCUAGAACCCAAGAACAGCUUAAAAAAGAAAUGGCAGCUCACAGCAUUGUGCAAUCAGAUCCCUCAGCAGCAGAUAAAGAGAAGCAGAUCAAAUCCCUGCAACUCCAGGUUGCACGUCUCCAGCAACAACUAGCUGAAACUGAUCGUCACCACAUGGAUGUUAUCAAUACAUAUAGAACCCACCUAAUCAGUGCAGUACAGGGACAUAUGGACCCAGAUGUUCAGCAGGCUUUAUACAACAUUAUUGAACUCCGGAGCAUGGAAGAAUACUGCUGAAUAUGGAAAAGAAUUGGUGCUUGCCAAAAAGAAAAAAAAAACAAUCUCAAGACUGCCAGCCAUGAAGUCAGAAGAUCUUCCAUUUUUUACGAGAGAUAACAUUUUUUAGUGCUGUACAGGAGAAGGGGGAGAUACAAGUUGAUUUCUUGUUUAUCGGAGAUGGAGUAGGUUGCCAGUUGUUUGAAAAAAAAAAUGCUUGCCAUAUUUUAGUGGAUAAUAAUUCCAGGUAGUUAGUUUUAGUUUAAAAAAUUGAUAUGCAAAGUAUUUUUUUAUCGAGUUAAAAUCUUUAAAUUAAAAGAGAAGGCUUUGUUGAAUGUAUUAUGAGUGCUGCAGCAAUAUAUAUGUGACCUUUUUAAUGUAUAUAAUGAAAGCUUCAGUUUAUCCUGUAUAUUUGUAUGAAUGGGGUAUCUGGUGAUGUUGUCACAGGACAAUCUUAAGUCUGUUCAAUUAAUCGCAAUAAACUCAGGAAACCUUUGCUAAACCAUACUCAUUUUAUCUAAUGCUAUAUACACAUAUAUUUUCAUAUGGUGUUAAUUUUAUACCAUUUUUCUAGAAAGACUUAAAGUUGAUGUAUAUGUAGUUUUGAAAUGUUGUAACUAAAAUUUUAUGAGCACUGUUUUAAAGGUUUUUAACUGUCUUUAAUGUAUCUUUAGGAUCUUAGGUGCUGGGUAAAUUGAACAUUAUGUCUCACAUGUUGAAAUAAUUGGGAGGUACUAUUAAAAGGUAGCUGAUAAACAUGAAAAGGAUUUCAUUUUUUCUAAGGGUAAAAUAGGAUUUUAAAUGACUUAAAAACAGAGCUGAGUUGGAAAAAGAUUAUACAUGUAUGUACAGUGAAACUUGUCUAUAAUCUGAAUGUCGUGUAAUCCGAAAUCUUGCUAAAUAUGAUGUUAACUAUAAGUUUAUUUCAUUAAAUUCAUUUGUUUAAAUUAUUCUCUAAUCUGGUAUGUUGUCUAAUCUAGCUAUUUUCUUUAGAACCAGUAGUGUUCAGACUAGACAAGAUUUACUGUAUUUAUUCUUGGAAUAUGAAAAAGGAAUACUGCAAACCAAUUUUUUUAUGUUGAGCAUGAAAUGUCCACAAGUUUUGUUGCGAACCAAUUAUUCACCUUUUCAUUUAUGUAGAAUGGUCCCUUAGUCUCAAAAGUAAGUAGUUGCCAAAUGGAUGCCAAACUGAAGAAUUGUGAAUAAAAGAUAAAUGAAUAAUGGUUGGUUUACAGUCAUAUGUAACUUAAAGGGGAAGCAAACUACCAAGCCUAGACAUUUUUACUUUGCUGGAAAGUGCCACACUAGUACUGUGUAUAGUAAAACACACUUAUAUAAACCAAGUGCAAGGGAGAGACAAUUUUUCUUUGUUAUAAGCGUAAUUUGUUAUGUUUGUUAAGUUUAUAAUACAUGUAUAUUUUAAAGACGAAGGGAAUGAAAAUCACUGCAGGCAUCAAUUUGUUGAUUAUAAGCGUGAUUUACUAUAUAGUAUUUAUUUCCCAUUUAUUUAAGAGGGUCUGAAAAUGUUACCUCAUAGUUGUUUAGGAUAUUACAUACAUAUUAUUAUGUGUUUUACUUUUACAUGGUCAGCACCUGUCUUUCUAUUUUUAGUUUUUAAUUUUUCUUUUCUUGUAUUGUUGUUUAAUAUUUAUAAAAGACAAAUCUAUGAGGGAUUUCCUUUUAAUCAAUUAUGUGGAUGGAACAAUUCAUGAAAGAAGAGAGAUAUAAUUUUAAUAAAGAGUAAAUUUACACUAUCUCUUAAAGCCAAUAAAAAACUUUUAGACUUAAUAUGUUUAAGCAGACUGUAAUUUUUUUUUUAAAGCUCAGUACUUCAAAACUUAAGUCACAUAACUAAAUGUUAAGAGUUGAAUUAUAAUUUCAAGAUGAAAAAGGUUUUUUUUUUUUUUCCAAGUAUGAUAAGUAAAUUAAACUACAGUUAUAUUUGUAUAUUUAUUGGAUGCUAAUAUUGUUCAGGUGUCAAGGGAAAGGGCUCAGUUACUUUAUAGCUCUCUGAUAUUUAUAUGUGUAUAUGGUUUGAAAAUUAAAGCCGUCAUAUGAAUAAGGCACCAACAAAAGGAAUAAAAACAUUCUCUAUAUAUGGUUUGACCUUGUGCAGAUGGAAUACUUACCAUUUACGCAAUGUAAGGAUGAUGUUGCUGUGAUAUAUGGAUAAGUCUUUAAACAUUCCAUAUUUGUAUGUUUACAUCCCUUUUUUCUGGGCUUAUGAGCAAUUGAACAAUUUUUUUUCCCCCGAGAUUUAUUUUCCCACAUUCCUUCAGCUUAAUUUUGCCAGAAUUUUCAACAAUAUUCUUUUCUUUUUUUUUGAAAUCUUUUUAGGAUUUGAACAUUCUUUUGUGAGGUGUUGACCAAAACUUCAUGACCAUUCCCAGCAAAUAUGUACGUUUGUAAAUUAUUCGUGUAAUGCAAUAACGAAUAUAUAUAUAUAUUUUUUACACAAUUUAUUUUUGGUGAAUUGUCUAUUUAAUUUUAUAAUAUGUAUGAACAUAAUUCUUAAAUAAACAGGAAAGAUUACAAG